GUUACAGUAUCCAGUUUGAGAACUGUACCUCAGAAAGAACUGUAGUAAAAUAUAUGACAGAUGGUAUGCUGUUAAGAGAGUUCCUCAGUGAACCAGAUCUCAAGACCUACAGUGUGCUGAUUAUAGAUGAGGCCCAUGAAAGGACAUUACAUACUGAUGUUCUGUUUGGAUUGGUGAAAGAUAUUGUAAGGUUUCGACCUGACCUCAAGCUUCUGAUCUCCAGUGCUACAUUAGAUGCGGAAAAAUUCUCACAGUUUUUUGACGAUGCUCCAGUUUUCAGAAUUCCUGGCCGACGGUUCCCAGUUGAUAUUUAUUAUACUAAGGCCCCUGAAGCAGAUUAUAUAGAUACAGCUGUGGUCUCGGUUCUACAGAUACACUGUACACAAGAUGAAGGUGAUAUUCUUGUCUUUCUUACUGGACAGGAGGAAAUAGAGACAGCCAGUGAAAUGUUAACUGAAAGAACAAGGAAACUCGGAUCCAAAAUCAAGGAACUCAUUAUAGCACCAAUUUAUGCAAAUCUUCCCUCAGACUUACAAGCAAAAAUAUUUGAUCCAACCCCACCUGGGGCUCGUAAAGUUGUGUUAGCAACAAAUAUUGCUGAAACUUCAUUGACUGUUGAUGGUAUUAAAUAUGUGUUAGACCCUGGGUUCUGUAAACAGAAUAGUUAUAAUGCAAGGACAGGAAUGGACUCAUUGGUAGUGACACCUGUGUCAAAGGCAUCAGCCAAUCAGAGAGCUGGACGUGCUGGUCGUGUCUCAGCUGGAAAGUGCUUUCGUCUUUACACAGCAUGGGCAUAUAAAAAUGAACUUGAAGACAAUACAAUACCAGAAAUACAGAGAACUAAUCUGGGAAAUGUUGUGUUGUUACUUAAAAGUUUAGGAAUUAAUGAUCUCAUUCACUUUGACUUUAUGGACCCACCACCUCAUGAGACUCUUGUGUUAGCUCUGGAAGAGUUAUAUGCCCUUGGUGCACUGAAUCACAAAGGGGAGUUAACUAAGCUAGGAAGAAGAAUGGCUGAAUUUCCUGUAGAUCCAAUGUUGUCAAAAAUGAUCUUAGCAUCAGAAAAAUACAAGUGUUCUAAAGAGAUUCUUACAAUAACAGCGAUGUUAUCUGUGAACAACUCGGUUUUCUACCGACCCAAAGACAAGGUUGUACAUGCAGAUACUGCACGACGGAAUUUCUUCCUUCCUGGAGGGGACCAUAUAACAUUGAUGAAUGUCUACAAUCAUAGGGAAGAAACUGGGCACUCAACUCAGUGGUGCUAUGAGAACUUUAUACAGUAUCGGUCAAUGAAAAGAGCAAGAGAUGUACGUGAUCAACUGGAGGGUAUUAUGGAAAGAGUGGAAAUUGAGGUCUCAUCUAAUCCACUUGAUACCGCCAAUAUUAGGAAGGCCAUUACAGCAGGUUUCUUCUAUCACACAGCAAAACUAGACAAGGGAGGUAACUACAGAACUGUCAAACAUAAACAAACAGUUAUGGUCCAUCCAAACAGCUCUCUAUUUGAAGACAGACCUAAAUGGCUCAUCUAUCAUGAACUAGUUUUUACAACAAAGGAAUUCAUGAGACAGGUGAUUGAGAUAGACAACAGCUGGUUACUAGAAGUUGCUCCCCAUUACUACAAGGCCAAGGAACUGGAAGAUGGAUCUGGAAAGAAAAUGCCCAAAAAUACAGGAAAGAUACAGGAAGAAGUUAUGGAGUAAAGAGUUCAGCCAUAGUUUCCAAUUAACCUCUUCAUUUCCUGUGCAUCUGAGGCCACUUUUUCUAGAACAACCUUUCAGCACUCUUUGUAGAGUUGUCUUUAAGGGACAUGUUGAAACGGCUAUCUGAAUACGAGGCAAAAUCAGCCAGAACAUUUUGAUUUUAUGAUGAUUGAAUGUUUAAUACAAAAGCUGUAGAAUAACAAUGAAGUGAUAAUUUGAA